AUGCGUCUCAGUUAUAUCGCCCGCCGAGUGCAAUGCACAUCUCGCCCUCGAAGCCUGAACAUCUGCAGCCGACGAACGUACGCAGUACAACAACCUGGUGCCCCUAGCAUUUCCGUCUUCUCCAACGAGGCCAAGCAGCAACAACGGACCCGCGCCGCCGCCGAUGUCGAGGAAUCAAGAGCCACAGACUACCUGAGGGACGAGGUAGCCACACGAUUGACCAGUCGCCUACUCGACAUCAACCGUAACUUCGACAAAGCCCUGGACUUCGGCGCCAAUGCCUGCAAUAUCGCCCGCGUCCUUACCUUGCCAGACCCCGACCCCGACUCUGCCAAACCCGUCUCAGACCCUCUGAGCUCGAAGAUUGGCCACCUUACCUGUGCGGACUCCAACCAAGUCAUGCUGCAUCGCGACCAGAACGAACCUUUCAACAAAGACUUGUCCCUCACACGCCAUGUGCUCCAAAAUCCAGAGACACUUCCCUUUGAAGCCAAUUCUUUCGACCUGGUCAUGUCAUCACUGAGCUUACACUGGAUCAACGAUCUACCCUCCGUCCUGUCUCAGAUCAACAACGUACUCAAGCCUGAUGCUCCCUUCAUUGCCGCCAUGUCAGGCGGCGACUCCUUGUUUGAGCUCCGUGGUUCUCUACAACUUGCCGAGCUGGAUCGCCUUGGUGGUAUCGGUACCCACGUCUCGCCACUGGCUGAUGUCCGCGACGUGGGCAACCUUCUCACUCGCGCCGGCUUCAAGCUUCUCACUGUCGACGUCGACGAUAUCAUUGUCGACUACCCUAGCACGUUACAUUUGAUGCGUGAUCUACAAGCCAUGGGAGAGUCGAAUGCUGCUCUCAAGCGAACCCCUGGACCCAUCUCUAGAGAUGUGCUCUUGGCCACCGAAGCAAUCUACAAGGAGUUGUACGGCAACGAGGACGGAACCAUUCCUGCUACAUUUAGAACCAUUUACAUGAUUGGAUGGAAGGAAGGUGCAAACCAACCCAAGCCUUUGGAAAGAGGCACUGGAGAAAUCAACAUUAAAGAUAUCUUGGAAGGUGGUGGCUCAUACAACGGAUAG